GAAGAAGAAGCCUCUUGAUGACGUUUCUUUACGUAACUACGAUUUUCUGCGCGAAAUACAAAGCGACAGAGCUGUUUUGGCGCAUAGUUUAACUUUAGUACCAACUUCCCUCACAGUUAAAUUAACUGCUACUACAGUUAGUGGACGUAUAUUUGAAGGACUAUCCUCGUUAUUAAUGGAGUACGGGAAGGAGCGAGUGGUGGCAUUAGUCGACAUGGACUGUUUUUACGUUCAGGUGGAGCAGCGGCUCAAUCCAGCUCUUAGGAACACUCCCUGUGUGGUGGCCCAGUACAAAACGUGGAAAGGAGGCAGUAUCAUAGCUGUGAGCUACGAGGCCAGGGCUCAUGGUGUAACCAGGAACAUGUGGGUGGAUGAUGCCAAAAAACUGUGCCCAGAUCUCCAGGUGGCACGAGUGCGCGAGUCUCACGGCAAAGCAGACCUGACACAUUACAGGGAAGGGAGUGUGGAGGUGAUUGAGGUGAUGUCUCGCUUUGCAGUGAUUGAGAGGGCCAGUAUUGAUGAGGCCUACAUGGAUCUAACUGCUGCAGUGCAACAACGGCUAAAAAACAUGGAUGACAAACAAAUAGAGGAUUCCCUCCUCAAGACCACCUACGUCCAGGGGUACCCCCAGAGUGGACUGGACCCAUCCCCUGCAGAUGGCUCCAGUCCAGGUGAAUUUACAGAAGAACCCAUCUCAGAUAAAGAGGAGCAGAGGUCCAGAGGUCUCCAGCAGUGGAUAGCAUCCUUACCUAGCCCUUCAUUAGGAGAGCAGAGCCCUGCAGAGCUGCAGCUAACUGUGGGUGCACUUAUUGUUGAGGAAAUGAGAGCAGCAGUGGAAAAAGACACUGGUUUCCGCUGUUCAGCAGGAAUAUCACACAAUAAGGUCUUGGCAAAGCUAGCCUGUGGUCUAAACAAACCUAACAGACAAACCAUUCUGCCUUUGGACUCUGUGACAGAACUUUUCAACUCCCUGCCCAUCGGCAAGAUUCGUAACUUGGGGGGUAAGCUUGGUGCUUCAAUUGCAGAAGCACUGGGAGUAGAAAAGAUGGGAGAUCUUACUCGCUUCUCUCAGGCACAGCUGGGUCAGCACUUUGGAGAAAAAACGGGCCAGUGGCUGUAUGACUUGUGUCGGGGCAUUGAGUUUGAAGCUGUGAAACCCAGACAGCUUCCUAAAUCCAUUGGCUGCAGUAAAAACUUCCCUGGGAAAACAUCCCUGGCUACUAAAGAGCGGGUACAGUAUUGGCUUCAUCAACUGGCUCUUGAGUUGGAAGAGAGACUGACCAAAGACAGAGAAGUGAAUGGUCGAGUGGCAAAGUUGUUGACAGUUGGCGUGCGUCAGCUUGGCGACAAGAGGCCGAGCAGCUUCUCCCGUUGUUGUGCAAUGGUUCGCUACGAGGCCACCAAAAUAUCCAGUGACAGCUUUGCCAUUAUCAAGAGUCUCAACACAGCAGGAAACCACCAGGCGGCGUGGACUCCACCUCUCACCCUGCUACACAUCUCAGCUAGCAAAUUCAGUGAUGCUCCAUCAGCUGGGAGGAUUGCUGGCUUUCUGUCCGGUGAUGUCACGUCAACUCAGAGUGUUUUCUCCACCUCUCAGUCCUCCACUCAGCCAUGCUCUGAACUGAAAAAUGGCUCUCCAUGCAAACAACCUAGCACUAUUCAGUCCUUCUUUCAAAAGGUGGCUGCGAAACAGAAAAAGGUUAAAAAUAACACAGAAGAGGAAGUUGGUACAGAUGCAAACGAAGUCACUUUUACCCUUGACAAAGAAUGUGCCACCGAUAGUCAUUUGGAGACAGAAAACAACCCCACUAUGUCUUCCUUUACGAGUGUUUCUCACUCCAAAAUGGACUCAGCCAGUCCACGCUCUGGUAUCUCCUCCUUCUUCCAUAAGAAGACCACUGAAAGAAGCUCACGGCUCUCAUUAAACAGCCCCGAAUCUGGAGAAAAACCUGGACUCAUUGAGAAAGAUGACUGCAAAGACUCUAAUGUUGUCACAUCAGGCCUGCAGUCAAAGCUUAGCUCAGAGUUUAGGGAAGAACUAGAGAUCAAGCCAGAGUUACAUCACCCCCUUCCCAAUGUGACCAGAGAAGACCUGUUAUGCUGUGAACGUUGUGGACAAGAGGUGCUGGUGUGGGAAAUGCCUGAACACAAUGACUAUCACUUUGCCCUGGACCUCCAGAAUUCAAUGUCUUCAUCUACAGGUUCAGCAACCAUCGCUUCCUCCUCCUCUAGUACUUCUGUAACCCCUCUCAGGGUAGUAGCAGGAGGCACAACCCAGUCUUUGCGAGGCAAGACAAAAAACAGAGGCCAGUCAGGACCUGCACCCAAAAGACAUCGCUCUCAAGGAGGAAAUACGGGUACUCUGGAUGCUUUCUUUAAGAAGAACUGAAGAUUUGGGACAGAGCUGUGUUGUGUGUUUACAUAUUUGCUCAAACUAAGGAACGCCAAACAAUGGGUCGUUCUGAAUAAAUAGCAGCAAAUAUUAAAGAUACAUUGGAAAUGUAUCUGCAAUGUACUUUACAUUGUGUUGUAAUACUCUGACACACCAGAAGAGGGAAGUAGAGAGUUGCAGGUAGAGCUGCAUUACUGAUUUGAUAAGUUAAUAUUGUUUAUUUAAGAUCAUUUUAUUCUUUGGAUUAAUGUUAAAUUCAAAUUAAGUCGAUCAUGAAUUCAAACAAACCUGUAAGUAAAUGUU